AUGUCGGACCGUAAUCCUGGAUGUGACCUUGAUUUAGGAUGGGUGAACAGUGUGCGGAUAAAUUUGCCCUCUGUCAAGAGACGUGCAGAAACCCUAGGCACCAAGCGCACUGUCAAGAAGCAGUGGCAGGCAGCCUGGCUUCUGCGGGCAAUCACCUGCAUUGAUCUGACCACACUGUCAGGAGACGAUACAAAUGCCAACGUCCAGCGGCUGUGUCACAAGGCGGCUCGUCCAGUGCGCCAUGACAUCAUCAAGGCCUUGGGUAUGGAGGAUGCAGGUAUCACUUGUGGUGCAGUGUGCGUCUACCCAAGUCGUGUUGCUGGUGCUGUGAAGGCAUUGGAGAAGAUUGGGGCUGAGAUCCCUGUCGCUGCUGUUGCAACUGGUUUUCCAUCUGGACAGUAUGCACUCAAGUCACGAUUGGAGGAGAUUGAGAUGGCAGUUGCCAAUGGUGCAAAGGAGAUUGAUAUUGUUAUAAAUCGGGAAAUGGCACUAACUGGCAACUGGAAAGGCUUGUAUGAGGAACUCAAGCAGAUGCACAAGGCUUGCGGAGAUGCGCACAUGAAGGCCAUUCUCGCAGUGGGAGACCUUGGGUCAAUGAACAACGUAUACAAGGCAUCUCUUGUGGCCAUGAUGGCUGGGGCUGACUUCAUCAAGACAUCCACAGGCAAAGAAGGUGUGAACGCCACUCUGCCAGUUGGGGUUGUCAUGUGCCGGGCCAUCAGGGAGUUCUAUGAACGUACAGGAUACAGGGUCGGGUUCAAGCCUGCAGGAGGGAUCCGAGCUGCCAAGGAUGCACUUGUGUGGCUCAUUCUCAUCAAGGAAGAGCUCGGGGAUGCUUGGCUCAACAAUCAUAUGUUUAGGAUCGGUGCCUCUGGUCUUCUUGCUGACGUUGAGCGACAACUCUUCCAUUAUGUAUAUGGUCGUUAUGCUGCAGUGUCUGAGCUUCCUAUGGCCUGAUGUUCGACGGGGUUUUUGAGGAUUUAUGUGACAAGCUAAUUAAGUGCUACUUCCUCGUUAUUACAUUGUGUCUUACUGAAAUAGAAUUCCUUCUUGUAGAUUUCAGUUUUAUAUGUUUAUUGUGCAUUCCAUUUCUCUCUUCAGUAUAUACUUAUGGGAAAGUUUUGCUAGAUAAAUUUUUGUAUUUGUUUUACUGUCAAGGAAGUAUGAUUAUCAGAAGAGAGUAUAUUGUUGUACAUGUGCCAUUGAAAAAGCUAUUUUCCAGUUUGAAA